AGGUGUUAAGGAAAUAUUUUGAUCCCGCAUACUGUGUAUUCUCCCCAUGCUUUGUUCCCAGCACAUUUCCGCACAAACUGCAGAUUUUCUGUCUUCUCUAUGGGAACGGCCGAUGGGUGCUGCGGCCAAGUUUUUCCAGUCCAGGAGGCCCGGAAAGCCACAAAGUGUCUGUUGUGCUGCUGAAGUGCUGCUGAAUCCUAUUCAUAUGUAAAUGCUGUAAUCUGUCGGAGAAUGUGGAGAAUACUAACGAGGAGCGACAGCAAGGCAAACCUCCAACUUUUCUCCAGAAGUGCCCACCUAAAAAACAAAAAAGCGUUCGACGCUCCAGGGAAAUUGCGCACCUCUUGGUGGCGCGCGCUUUUGUUUUGAUCUAUGCACCGCUUCCUAAAUGCGCCUGAUUUACCCCACAGAUCCCCCCCUUGUUUUCAGUGCCAGCCAACGCAGAUGCCAGUUAUAUACAAUAGGGCGAAUGUGUGGAGGGUCUGUCAGAGGACGACACAGUGCUCCUGCACUCCUGUCGUCAGUGGACCACUGUAACGGCCCACAGCUUAGAGGAGGGUCAUUACGUCAUUGGGCCCAAGAUUGACAUUCCGCUGCAGUACCAGGGUAAAUUCAAGUUACUGGAUGAGGACCGAGACGUCAGGGACCCUGUCCAAUAUUUCUCCAGUGUGGAGGAAGUUGCUGGAGUCUUCCCUGACCGGGUCUUCGUCAUGGAGACAAUCACAUUCAGUGUCAAGGUGGUAUCUGGGGAGUUCAGUGAGGACAGCGAGCCCUACAGCUUCACUUUGCAGGCUGGAGAUGAACUGUCAUUGAUGGGCAAGGCAGAGCUCCUGUGUGCAACACCCCCAAAAGAAAAGACGGGGCUGAGCGCACUCUUGAGACGGUUGGGAAAGACUCCAAGAAGUAAAACACCCUGUCUAGUGUGUAUGAACCAUCGCACCAACCAGAGUGUCAGUUUGCCCUUUGGCUGCAGGGGACGCUUUUGUACGCGUUCCCCCCUGGAGCAAGGCAUGCUGGGAGGGGAGCAUACAGUGCGCAGCAUCAUUGAGAGAGUUCGCCUGCCUGUUAACGUUUCUGUGCCUUCCCGGCCGCCGCGGAACAUCUACGACCGCCAUGCCGUGCGAGAAGGACACCGUUACAAGCUGCUCAACAUCGUCAGCAAGACAGUGGUGCUGUGUUUGGUUCUUCGGCGACAGGAAGUUUCCCCCUCACACUUCCUGCUGCUGCGCUGCAUGCCCCGUUUUAACGUGGCGGAGGCUUCUGUUCAUACAGCAGCUCUAGAGAGCCUCCUGCUGAGGCACGCCUUCGACCCGGACGCCUACUCGCGGGCCGUUCGAGAAACGCGGCCAGAGCUGGAGUGUAUGACAGAGGAGUGUGUGAGCCCUCGGCGCUCUCGCCUGUGUGUGUCAGGUCAAGACUCGCUGGCCCCGGCACUGCAGCGCUUCUCAAUGUGUGGAUACGUAGGUGGGGUUUCAGAAAACCUAUCACAACGCUGCAGGGACUCUGUAGGAGAGCGGCUGGGGGAGGGACCUGGCGAUGAGAGGGAGUAUGUGACUCCUGAGUGGAGUGAAGAUGAGUUGAGGACCAGUGAGGAGAUCCCCUAUGAAGAACUCUGGACCAAUCAGAACGCAGAGAGUUUGGGAAAAGAACCAAACCUUAUAUCCUUUCACACGUCUUCCUCUUUGGACGGUUCUCUUGGUACCAUGGUGACAACAGUGUCUAGCCCACCACCUAUACCUCCAAAAUCCGAUGCUGUGAGGGAGGAGUGUCGCUACUUGCUCGCCCCUCCGGUGCCACCACGCUGCUCUAAAGGAGGCUCCAUCUCCAGUCCAGUCCCCAGCCCUCCUGUGCCACCUCGGUUCCCUAAAACCUCCACUUCUCCAAGAUCAAACCUCUCCUUCUACUCCUCCGGACUGCAUGACAGCUCCUCGCCCUCCCCGGGCGCCACCCUCUACUGUUACCCUUGUUCCUGGACUGACUGUCCUGCUCCUAAUCCAGCCAUUCCUGAUCCGGGCUCUGGAGUCUCUGCAGACAACACAUCUAGCCCACAGCCUGCACAGGCCACCUGGGCCGAGCCGUGGGUAGAGCCCUUCACAUCCCCCACACCUCGGCUCAGGCCACCACCCCCACAGAGCAGAUUUGCACCGUUUGGCGCGUUAAACCCGUUUAACCGCCAGUCGCCUUGCCCUUCACCCGAAACUGUUACCAAUCCUACGAAUGAUUCUUCCAGAGGCGCAGAAGGCGGUGGGACAUCAACAAGUAGGACUGAUGGAUCCUCUCCUCCACCUGACUCCACCUGGAGGCCUCCUACUGACCUUUCUGUACUAUCAUUGGAGGAAGUCUCAGCAUGCCUGCGUUUUAUUGGCCUACCAGAGGCAGCAAUCGCCAUCUUUCAGAGGGAGCGAAUAGACGGCAGCCUUUUGGUGCAGCUGACUGAGGACAUUCUGUCACAUGACUUCCACCUGAGCCGUCUCCAUGUGACUAAAAUCACACAAUUCAUACAGGGAUGGAGGCCCAAAAUCUAAACCUCAAUAUCCUGAUACUGUGCCUGUUGGCUACUCAGCCAUCCUGAAUGUGCCUUCCACUGUGACCCACGGGCUGCUGAGCCCCCCUGCUUGAAGCCUAAGGAAACCACGCCCCACUGUGGUUAAACUGCAGAACUGACUCUUGACUCUAUGGCUGCAGAUUUUUUUCUUUUGAUUUCAGACUGGAAUUUGUUUACUAACUUUGGCUCCAAAUGAGAAUUAAAAAAUUAAAAUGUACCACUUCAGUUCGUAUUCUAAUUUCACCCUUCAGUUAUUCAGCAGAAAAACACCAAAUGGAGUCUUGAGGCCAGCAUUAAAUCUGAUCUGAUGAAAACAAUCUCUAGAUUUGACUAACAAAAUAUCUUUUUUGUUUUUCAAUUAGUAGUUAUUAUGUAAUUUAAGUGUUAUCCCAUAAAAUCUGAACUACUGUCUUGUAAGAUGAAUAACACUAGGCAUGUCUUUUAAACUGGCCUCGUCCACAACUGUCUUUGCCUCAUUAAGCUUUGGUGGUAUGUGAUUUGAAUAAAGUAGGAGCUAAAAGAUAACUACGUAAACAGAAUAAAGUAAAAAUAAAUAUUAUUGUGAUAGGGCCAAUUAGAUGCAAAUUGAGGUUAAACAACUUCUAAAUGUUCAACCUUGUAUACCUGUCAUAUUCAGAGCUGCGUACCAUUGCCCAAACCUUAUACAAUUAUAAUUUUUUUUACCUCACAUUACUUGUUCUCAUAUGCUUUAAUUGCCCCCAAGAAUGAAACUACACUAAGAUCACUAUUUAUUUAGUAUUUAAUAAGAUUAGAGACAUACAUUUCCACAGUUUAAACCCCAAGAGUAGAAUUUAGUAUUGAAGUUUAAGUAUUGAAGUCAAAUUCUGUGACAUUUGGGUUUUUAAACAGUUUUUAGAAUCAAUUCAACACAAAUAAUGAAUCAAUGACUAAUUUAGAAGUAUUAAAAUACUAGCAGUAUGCAGAGACUCAUCUGUUUUCUAGGACAAUAAAAUGGCCACUUGUAUUCAGAUAAGCAUGAAGAUGCAACUUCUGUUUUGCUGUUUGUUGAUUAUCCCUGAUUGUGUCAUUGCAAUGAAAACUGCAAUUGCUGAAUUAUGUCAGACAAAGUGAUUUCAUUUAAAACAUGGUGUUUCUAAAAUUAAGUGGUCUUUAGACGGAUCAAAGGGCCUCUUUCUCAAAUCGGAAUCUUGUGUUAUCUUACAAACUCCUCACCCCAGAAGUGGUGUGUACGCGUAAAAUCGUGAUAUCUACCUGUAAAUGCAUGACCGCCAUCAAAGGAAAGAAGCAGAAAUGAAUAAAUGAUAUGCUAAAUAAAUCAAAACUGAAUGACCUUUCAUAUUUUCUUAGUUAGGAUAUUUGCACAAUAUGCAAUUAAUGACCUUGCAGAAAAUGA